ACUCUUCUAACCAAGGACAACACCAAAACUAUGAGUUGCUUUGCUUUGAUACCAAAAUGGCCGAUGUCUCAAGCAAUGAUCGGAAAACAAAACUUGUAAAGUUAAAUAAAAACGGAAAAGUUGUAAAAAGACGUUCACGGAACCCAGAAGAAUGGCACAAACAAAAACAGAAACGUUUAAGAAUUGCAGGCUUAGAAUACAUAAAUGCAAACGGAAAAGUUGUACCGCCAAAAAAACCAGGACCUGAUUGCAAUUGUAGGCGAAAAUGCUAUCAAAGGGUCCCUGAAGAUGUUCGGCUGAAAACAUUCCAAGGUUUCUAUUCAAUGAAAACGCAUGAUGAACAAAAUGCUUAUUUAUUUGGUCUAAUGAGACAAGUAGAUGUCAAAAGAAAAAGAGUUAAAACAAGCAGCCGACGGACUUGUACCUUUGAGUACUUUGUCAGAGUGAAGGGAAGAGAAACACAAGUAUGUCAAACAGCUUUCAAAAAUAUACAUGCAAUAACUGAGAGAAAAGUAAGAGUGCUUUGUAAAAAAAUGGAUGAUGGUGUAAUGUUUCCUAGUGAUAAUCGAGGUAAAAAUAGUCAUCGAAGAUCUGGGGAAGUGCGACUUCCAAAUGGUGUAGUUGAGGAAAUCAAGAAUCAUAUUUAUUCUAUUGUCCAUACGCACAGACUAAAAGAUUUCAUUAGAUUAGAUAAGAUUGCCGGUUUAGAAAUCAAUAUAUCUAAAAUGUGGAAAGACUAUAUUAAAACAUUUGAUCCAGAUAAUAUAACUGCCACUAUGCCAAAAUCAAAAAGAAAUAUGGAAAUUGCUUUACCAAAUGAACAACCACCAGUUCUACACCAACCAGAGACCUUUGCUAAUAUUGCCCCAUAUCCAGGGAGUGGUCAUCUUGUUAAUAUAGCUGAAAAUUACUUUCAGAAUCAAUACCAGACAACAGCUUUAACAACAGCAUCACAGGCUAAUUUUUAUCAACCACAAAAUAACACUCAUGGCAUGGGUAUCAUUGUCCAAUCAACCAGCCUAGCAAGACCAGUCCAACCCACUGCCUUUAUUGUUGUCCAAACAAAAAGUGAGCCCCAGCCUGACGCUACUUUAGCUAUAAGUGACAUAUCAUAUAAUCAAAAUGCAGAUGUCAUUCAAGAAGUGGUAUCCAAACAAGAGAAGAAAGUUAAAAAAGAAAGGAAAAAGGGUCCUCUGGUGAAACAAUGGAGGUAUUCCAAUAUAUUUCAUGAUGAAAUUAAUGGUGCUGCACUUGCUGCAAUAAAGACUAGACUUGGUAUGUACUAUGCUGAAAGCGAUGCUGCCAGGAAGAAAGCUAAGCAGGCUCGACCACCAGACAUGGUGCAAACCAAUCAAAUCCCACAGGAACAAGUUAGGCCCACACACACACUCACCUUAUAUACUUGAAACAUAGAUUUAACUUGAAUGUUGAAACUUCUGCCUUCAAUCAUGCUAAGAUUAGAAUUAUGGUAAACUUUUACAUUUACUAUGAACAUUAAUAAUCUUAGUGUAUAGUCACUAUCUUACAAUAUAGAUUUAAGUUAUUUAAACUCAUACAUAACAAUGUAAGAGGGUUAUACAAAUUUUUUAUAUUCUUUUUUAGCUUAUUGCUGCAUAUCAGAAAAUAAUGUUUCAUUAAAUGUAACUUAGUUAUAUUUUAAGAUGUUAAUGUUAUGAUCAUAAAUAUAGCAUCCCAAAUCAUUAUUCUGAUAUGAUGUCCUUAAAGUGGUUUAGUAAAUAAAAUGCCCCUGAAAGUAGUAUUUUCGUGACCGCAAAUUAAGAUUAGAACAUUUCUUUUUAGUAGAAAAUAACUUAUCUUUCAAAAUUAUUUUUUAUUUAGAAAGGAAACUCAUUCUGUGAUUAUUACUAUAUUCUCCAUUUUAAUAGACAUAUGACCUGUUUGAAAAUGCAAAAACAAAAAUUGUAGUACUGUACUAACUUAUUUAUUGUAAAAAUUUAAUCUUUGAAUAUUUUUCAAGCCGAAGCUGUGCUUUCAGCAAUCAUAUUUGAAAAAGCUUUAAUUCUUUUGACACAUCAUUUUCACUAAAUGCAAAAUAAAGUUUUAAGAAAACAAAUUGUAACAUUGAUGUUAUUAAUGCAAUAAAUGACAAAUAAUUAUAGAAAUUAAAUUGUGUAAGAGAACAUGCUUUAUAUAAGUCAUUUUAAGAUUAUAUUAAUGACAUUUAUUUUAAACACAUUGUUUUAUUAAAGUCCUAACAUUUAAGCUAAAAAGGCU